AUGGUGUGUGGGUACAGGUGGGUCCUGCUGGCAGCCGUGCUCCUGUUCCUGGGUGUAGAGCUGUCUGGGGCUCAGCACUGGUCUCACGGAUGGUACCCAGGAGGCAAGAGGGAUGUGGACACCUUCAACUCAGCACAGGUCUCGGAGGAGAUUAAGUUGUGUGAGGCAGGAGAGUGCAGCUACCUGCGGCCCCAGAGGAGGAACCUACUCAAGAGCAUCCUGUUGGAAGCCCUGACGAGAGAAUUCCAGAGGAGGAAGUGACAUCGCUGGCUGGGCUGAGACAUUUCCUAUGUGUAGAGAGCGUCAGUGGUCGAGUGAUCUCUAGUCUUUGUCCAUUUGUUUUGUGUGUUCCAGUCAAGAGGCCCAUGUGACUGGGAUCGCCUUUGGAUAUAAUGACCUUGUCAACAAAUCUUGUACAGUGUGAUGAAUGCCAAACAAAACGUCAUUUUCCCCCUUUCAAAUUGUUUUGUUGAUUAUCAGAAUCGUGUCAUACACCAUGCAUCAUGCAACUAUUAGCAGCUAAUAGUCUGUUGCCAACGGGAUCUGCUGCGCAUGUUUGCUAUAAUUUCUCUACCAUUAUUAAACCAUCAUGUGUGAUCUGA